AUGAGAGUUCUAAGGAGGAAAGAAUGGUGUAAGGAGGAGGAAGGAAAGGAAGGGCCUAAGGAGGAUGACGGAAAGGGUCUAAGAAAGGGGUCUAAGGAAGGAAGAGACACACCCUGUAACGAAAGUGACCUAUGUAAUCGUGUUAAAUGCGUAACGACGAAGUGGUUCCCCAGCAGGAAGCGUAGUCCAAAUGACGCGAAUCAGUGGAUUGGGGAUGGUGGCUAUUGGAAGGAUGUUGAAAAGAGAUUGAUCCCACUGUCUACUGCUAUGGCUAAUGGGAAUGGGGCGGACGAAAAACUAUGUGAAAACAUUGGUGGAAAAAAUGGCACAACUACAGAAGUGAACAGACUGGCGUGUACAUAUAUAACAGCAGGAUUAAAGAGUAUUUAUGAAAUUGAAAGAGGUACACCGCAAGAGGGGGAGAACAAAGAAAAGGAGAAAAGGAAGAUAGAAGAUAAUCUCAUAUUCCAUCGAACUAUGGCAUGCGUUUUAUUGAACGCAUAUGCAGAUAAAAUGAUCGAACUAACUGAGGGUCAGCCAUGUGGUAUUACUGAGGACACUAUAAAAAAGGCCUUUGCUAAAAGUAAAGAAAUUAAAAAUACAGUACCUACAUGCCAGAGUGAUCCUAUCUGUGUUGAAUGUACAAGGAAACCUAAGUUCCAUUGUGAUAUAGGCAAUGACAAGAACCAAUACAAAGUAAAGCAGGAAGUGGAUAAGCUGCUCAAUGGGACGAGCGGUACCAAAAUAAAGACAACUCUGACUGCUAUAAAUGAUAUAAAUAAUAACCUAUGUCAACGCGCAAAUUGUGUAGCGACUAAUUGGUUUAAUGAUAGAAAGGGGUAUUAUGACAAACAAGACUGGUGUACAUUCUGGGAUGCGGACGUCAAAAAUGAAUUGGGGAGACUGUCUAAUGCUAUGACCGCUGAUAACGGGGAUACUGAUAAAUUAUGCGAAGGCACUAAUAGUGAAAGUAAAAUAAAGACAGAAGCCGAAAGAGCGGCGUGCAAGGUUAUUGUGCGGGGAUUAAAAUAUAUUUACAAUAAGGUAAAAGAAAAUAAGAGUAGUGCAGAUGAAAAGAGGAAGGCUGAACAUAAUCUACAAUUUUGGCGAACCAUGUCAUGCAUAUUUCUGAACGCAUACGCAGAUAAGCUGCAGGCACAUGCACCAUGCCCUAUCGAUGAGAACAUAAUAAAAGAAGCAUUUAGUAAUGGAAAUAAGAAUAUAGGCUCCUGGUGUAAAGAUAAGGAUAAUGGUCAGAAGAAUGGCUGUUUUGCAUGUAAUAGGCAAGAAAAUCUAAAGUGCACAUUAAACGUGGAUGGAAAUCUAUGGACAAAUAAGAAAAAAAACAGUGGACCAUGCGACAAAGGCGGAAAUAAUAUGAAGGAAGAAGUGGGAAAAUUGCUCAACGACAAUAAAGACAUACAAAAAACUUUAACUACCAUAAAUAAUGCAACUACUUUAUGUGAACGCGUAAAGUGUAUCUACUAUAGGUGGGGUGAAAACCGAAAAGUCGGGGAACAGAAACAGGACCCGGAGAAGUUUUGGGAUCCGGACGUCGAGACUAGACUGAAGAACUUGUCUGAAGCUAUAACUAAGAAUAAUGAGACGCACGACAAUUUAUGUAAUGAUAUUCAGGAUGGAAGUAAUACAACUGCAGGAUCUCAUAAAAAGGCUUGCCUGUUCAUUAUUGCAGGUUUAAAACAUAUUUAUGGAAUUACAAAGGGCACUGAAAGCAGCAAACCACAGAAGAUUGAGGACGACCUCAUAUUCCAUCGAACUUUCUCUUGUAUGUUAUUGAAUAUAUUCGCUGAUGAAAUGGAGCAAAAGUGUUCCGACGUAAAGGAAGCUGAAAUAAAGAAAAUGUUCGAAAAUGGAAAUGGACAGAUGAGUAUUUGGUGUAAGGAUAAGGUGAAUGGUAAUGAUUGUGUACCAUGUGAAAGGGAUAAGGGCUAUUCAUCUUGCAGAAUACAGGAUACAGACACGAAUACAAUAGGGCACAGAAUGAAAGAGAUGCUGGACCCAAGUAAGGUAACGAAUCAAGAAGUAAAGCAGGCAGUAAAGCAAGCUAUGGAUUCUAUAAGUAAUAUAUGUCCGAAGGAUACGGAAGCAUCUUCAGUAAGUAGUUCAGUGGGCAGAAGUGAAAACCUCCCUGAAGAAGCACCAGGACCACUACCACCAGCACCUAAAGCAGAACCAACAGCAGCACCACGUAACCCAAGUGCAGCACAACCAGGUAAGGAUAACAUUAUUGAUACUGCAGAUAGUGUUAUUGUUGGUGAUGUUGUACUUUCCCUCGAUGGACCCCCAAUUAAUUCAACAGAAAAAGGUUUUCAGGACGAUAGCCGCUACACCCGAGGGGCUUGGUCUGUAACGACUGAUGGUGCAACAACCACUGUUAUUAAUGCAACCACUAUUAAUACUUCAGGGCCAGGCAAUCUUAACCCCGGUUCCUCCGGUACUGGUAGCACAGGAACUCCUGAUCAUGGUUCAUCUGGUACAAGUUCCACUACCUUAAGUAGUCCAACUCAGCCAGGAGCACAAGGUCCGGAUAUACCUGCUGCUAAUGGUAAUGUUGAUCAAGCAGCAACCGGCCAAGAGAAUACUCACAGUGCCAAGGUUGACGACAGUAAUGGUGGUGAUGAUGGUGCAGCUGCUGGUUUGGUGCCCGGUGUUGGUGGUGUCGUACCUGGUGCCCCUGGUAUAGGUGGUAUUGCUGGUGUUGGUACUCCAGCUGCAGCUGAUGCUUCUCCUGCACAAGGAUCAGGUGGCGGUACUGGUGGUAGUCAACAUGGUGGUGGUCCUGGUUCAGGCAAACCUCAGGGACCACCACAACAAGGAAGAGGUGGUGAUCAAGGGGGGGGUGCCGGAGGCACCCUUUUCCCUGUUCCACUUACUAAGAAGAUCAGCCCUUCCGAACUCCUUACCCCAUACCUUCCUACCAUUCCUGUCUUCAUUGGUAUUUCGGCUAUGACCUACUUGCUAUGGAAGUAUUUUACCCUCGGUAAGCGAAGACGACGUCACAGAAGAGCUCAUCAAGUACGUGGUCCACCUUCCUUAGAAGAACAACUCCUUGAUCCUGUGGACGACCAGGAUGGUCCACAUGAAUAUACCUUAGUAAAGGAACGAAAACAACCAAGAUCUGCUCCAACGGGAAGAACGAAGAGAUCAAAAAAACGGGGUGUUGGUCGUCGUGGUGUAGGUCGCCGCAUGAUUAUUGAUAUUCAUUUGGAAGUCUUAAACGAAUGUCAAAAGGGCAACCUGCAUUCGACGAAGGAAGACUUUUUUGAAAUUUUGGUUCAAGAAUUUAUGGGAAGCGAAUUUAUAAAAGAAGUAAAUGUUCCUAAGGAACAAAUUCGUAAGGAAGAAAGUCUUCCUAUGGUUGAUGUUCCUAUGGAACAGGUUCCAAGUUCAGAUUCCGUGUUUAGGGAGGAAGACUUUGUUCCUAAAGAAGAUGUUCCUAGGGAACAGGUUCCAAGUUCAGAUUCCGGGUUUCGGGAGGGAAGACUUUCUUCCUAA